AUGGCUGCUUACAAGAUAGUAUUAGUUCGUCAUGGUGAAAGUGAAUGGAAUCAGAAGAACUUAUUUUGUGGAUGGUACGACGCUGAUUUAUCAGAAAAAGGUUCAGAAGAAGCCAAGCAAGCUGGCAAAUGGCUCAAGGAAAAAGGCUACACAUUUGAUGUGGCUUUUACAUCUGUAUUGAAACGAGCUAUUAAAACUCUUUAUAAUAUUCAACAAGAAUUAGACUUACAUUGGAUACCCGUUCAUCGUCACUGGCGUUUGAAUGAACGUAUGUAUGGCGCUUUACAAGGUAAAAACAAAGCUGAAACUGCAGCUAAAUACGGUGAAGAUCAAGUCAAAGUUUGGCGACGUGCUUAUGAUAUUCCACCACCACAACUCGAAGAAUCGAGUGAAUACAAUCCAAGAAAUGACAAUAAAUAUAAAAAUUUAGAUCGACGUGUUUUACCGUUAACUGAAUGUUUGAAAGAUACUGUUGAGCGUGCAUUACCAUAUUGGCACGAUGCUAUCGUCCCAGCUAUUCGUUCCGGACAAAAAGUUCUCAUUGCUGCACAUGGCAACUCCUUACGUGCUUUAAUCAAAUAUCUCGACAAUGUACCGGAUGCAGAAAUUGUCGAACUUAAUCUACCGACAGGUAUUCCACUCGUUUACGAACUCGACGAAAAUUUAAAUCCCAUCAAACAUUACUACGUUGCACCCGAUGAUGUCGUUCAAAAGGCGAUUGAUCAAGUUGCUAACCAAGGCAAAGCCAAGAAAUGA